AUGCUCAACCGCAGCCUCUGCGCCGCAGCGCGCGCUCGAGGCAUGCUCGCCGCGCCACUCGUCGGCUCAGCCGCCCCCUCGCACGCUGGACCAUCUCGCGCCGCCCACUCGCACUCCGUCGCCGGCGCCGUGUCGCAGCCCGCAGCAGGCGACGCUCGGCCGCAGCAUCGUGCACGCAAGGGCACCGGGGGCAAUCGGCAGCUGCCCGGAGUUCGCAAUCAGCAGCAGCGAGCACAGCCGCGCGCAGCCGCAUACGCAGAGCACGACGUCUGGCAACCGCUGUCGCCGCCCAAGCCUGCCUUUGCGCGGCCGCCACGGCAGCCGGCGUGGAUGGCGGCGCCGCGGGACAAUGCCGCCACACAGCACAACGGCAGGCUGCUGCGCCUGCGUGCUGCGCUCGGCGCUGGCGAUGGCGCGGCAGUGCACGAGGCCUGGCUGGCGCUGGGCGAGGGCCGCAGCCGGCUCAUCGAGGCGGACCGUGUGCUGCUGCUGCGCCUGGCCAAGCGCGAGCUGGAGGACGCCGGCGGCGACACCGAGGCCAUCGCAGCGGCGCGCCGAGACUACGCUCUGGCAGCGGCUCAGCGACGCAGUGCGCUCACCGUCGACUGGGCGCGCCUCUGUCUGCGUGCCGGCGACGUCGACACGCCUGCGCGCCUCGCAGCCACGUUCAUCGGCGCGGCGCCGCCAACACACGCCGGCGUCGAUGUGCAGGUUCUGAGUCUGGUGUCGCUCGCCAUGCUGGGCUGGUGCAGCCAGAGCAGAGACCUGCAGCCGUUGCUGGCCCUCGUGCGCGGCCAGCCGCAUCUGCGCUCCGCUACCAUCUCGCUGCCGCGUAUCAGGCGUACGUGUGAUGCAGUCUUCAAGGAGCAGCCAUGCCUGCUGCCCAACGCCGAGCAGGCCAGAGAAGCGGCGAUGGAAGCUGCGCCGCUGCUUGAUGCCUCGUGGGGCAUCGACAGCCUGCCAGCAAGACAGGCCGAGGACGAAGAGGACGACGGCGAGCCGGCCAGGUCCCUCGCUACUUCAGAUCCCGACACGCAGAACUCGCUCGCUACCCGCUUCGCCUCGCUUGCCGGCAUGCGCCAGGCGGACGCUGUCCUGGCGCUGGACGCUGCCGCUCAGCGUGCCAUUGAGCUCGGCUACCUGCGAAGCGGUGCCGAUGCAGAGUGGACCGACCAGACGACCGCGUCGCUGCUGGAGGCGCUGCUCGGGCUCGACAAGCGGGCAGAGGCGGCUGCAGCGUGGAAGGCACAUUUGGUGCGCAGUGGCAAGCCGCGGCCAUCGUCGACUGUAUGGAGCGGCCUGCUGCAUGGCUAUGCCCGCGUCGUCGACUCAACGGCGCUGUGGGACACCUGGAAGAGCAUGCGGCCCGAGGAGCGCACGCCGAAGAUGCUCACGACGACCAUCAGCGGUCUCUUCCACGGCCGCGAGGUCGAGGAGGCGAGGGAGCGCGCCAUGGCCCUCUUCCAGGAAGCGCGCUCGCAGGGCCCGCUCUCCGUCGAGGUGUGGAAUGCCGUGCUCUACGGCCAGGUCACCUCUGACCGCAUCGCCGUCGUCGAAAGCCUGCUCCAAGAGAUGGUCGCCGGUCACAACGGCGCACCGCGGCCCUCGGUUUCGACGUUCAACACGGUGCUGCGCUACUUUGCGCGGCGCGGCGACAUCCCCGAGCUGCAGGCGCGCCUGCGUGCCAUGAGCGAGUUCGGCAUCGAGCCGGACGUGGUGACGUACACGACGGUGCUCGACGGCCUCAUGCGCGCCGGGCGCAGCUCGCCCACCGCCACGGUGCUGCAGCUGAUGCGCGAGAGCGGCGAGGCGCCAAACGUGUACACGCACACGGCGCUGCUCAAGGGCCUGCUCAACCCCGGCGGCACGCUCGAGGCCAGCGGCGCGCGCAUGCACGCCGUGCCGCACUUCCGCGAGGCGCUCGAGCUGCUCCUCAAGAUGGAGGCCGAGGGCCCGCUGCCCAGCGAGGUCACGUACAACGCCGUCGCACACGCCGUGGUGCGGCACGGCACAGACGUGCACGAGGCGCUCUCCACGCUGCCCGAGCCCUUCUCCUCGCCUGUGCCGCUGUCCGCGCCCGGCGAGGAGCCAGGCGUGCUCGACUGCCUCGCGCGCGAGGCGCCGAACGUCGGCAUCGCGCUCCAGAUCUGGGACCGCAUGCGCGCACGCAAGCUGCCUCUCCCGCGCCCGGCCGUGCACACGUUCCUCAUGGCAUUCCUCAGCGCCAGCCAUCUGCCCGAGCCGGCGGUGCGGGCGCUGGAGCGGCGCACGACGCAGCUGCUCGAGCGCUGCACCUCCGAGGGGCCCUCGCCGCGCCCGCGCACGUGGCUCCUCGUGCUGCAGCUGCUGAUGGAGCGCAACAGCCCUGCAACCCUCAAGCGCGUGCUCGCGCUGCACGGCAAGUGGGCCGCCGAUCGUCCCGAGGCCGCGGACGGCAUGCUUGGCCGGCUGGUCCACCAGGCACGCACGCAGCUGGCGCAGGACCGAGGCGAAUAG